AAGCGAAACGCAUUGUUCCUCUAGCUGUUUUUAUAGCCUUAUUUCGAAAAUCAUCAAGGGUGGUUUCGUCAAAGUAAGCAAUGCCAGCUGGGAACGCCAUUCUUUUAGAAAUUCCAGUGUCCUUCGAGUGACCGGUUCCUCAUCCCCUUCUUUAUUAGUCCUCAGGGCAGCUCGUCUCUGCUUCCCCGUUCAAAUGUCUACUUCUUUCCCAGCUCUAUAUAAACAAACCACUUCUCAUCCUACAGAGCAAGCUCUUCUUGCUCUCUCCAUCCAUGGCGAUCUCUUCUACCUUUGUCUUCUUCUUGGUGCUGCUCUCCUUCGCUUUCCAGUUUUGCCGUGGCGGCAGAACUACUCUCUCCGCUCCGGUGGAGGAGCAGCCUCUCUCCAUGACCUACCACAGGGGCGCCCUUCUCACCGGCAACGUCUCCGUCAAUCUCAUCUUCUACGGCAGCUUCUCUGCUACCCAACGCGCCAUCGUCUCCGACUUCGUCUCUUCACUCUCCCCACAUACCCGCCACAAGGGCUCCUUCGAACCCUCAGUUGCCACCUGGUGGCGCGGGCUUGCCCGGUACUACGCCGCCUCCCGCACCCGCUCGCCCAGGAUCUACCUCGGCGAGCAGAUUCUCGACGAGGGUUACUCCUUCGGCCGUUCCCUCGGCGAUGCUGACCUCGCCAAACUCGCCGCCCGCGGUGAGCCGCGUGGUGCCGUGAAUGUGGUGCUCACCGCCGAGGAUGUGGCCGCGGAUGGCUUCUGCGUGAACCGGUGCGGCACUCACGCGGCGUCGGGGCGGAGCCGCGCUGGGCGGUUCGCCUACGUGUGGGUUGGGAACUCGGCGAAGCAGUGCCCCGGGCUGUGCGCGUGGCCCUUCCAUCAACCGGAGUAUGGGCCGCAGUCUCCGCCCCUCAUGGCGCCAAACGGAGACGUCGGGAUCGACGGGAUGAUAAUUAAUCUAGCCGCUCUUCUCGCCGGAACCGCCACCAACCCCUUCGGCAACGGAUUCUUCCAGGGUCCGAAGGAAGCGCCGCUUGAGGCGGCGACGGCGUGCACAGGAGUCUACGGGAAGGGGGCGUACCCAGGGUACGCAGGGGACCUACUGGUGGACCAGGCCACAGGAGCCAGUUACAACACCUACGGGACUAGCGGGAGGAAGUACUUGGUCCCUGCUCUUUUUGAUCCAUCCACGUCAUCCUGCUCCACCUUGGUAUAGUUUCGGCGUUCGGUUGACAGAAACGGACAGGAGCAUUAACAACCACGCAGUCAUUACUAGCUUAUUAGUUUGUAAUAAUUCUUUCAUUUAUUGGAUGAAAUGUUUUAAAAUUUGUUACAAAA